CCAUGCAACCGGAGUGAGAGCUUCCCCCCAGCUCUGGCCAUGGGGCCUGAAGUGAGCCCCCCAGCAGAGCCCCCAGGGGGGACAGCCAGGACGCACCCCUAUAGGACUCUCCUUGGCCUGAUCUGUCUCCUCCCUGCCCUGGCCCUGCUGGUGUCCCUGAAGAACCCAGCGAAGCCCGAAGCCAGAGAGACUCAGGAAGAUGUCAGCUUGCCUGGGCCCCUCAGCCUCAGUGGUCCCCAGGCCCCCCUAGAAGGAUCACUGCCCCCUAAAACUCGCACAAAACGCUACACCAUCACACCAUCCCGGCUUCACUGGGACCACUUCAACCUCACCUACAAGAUCUUGUCCUAUCCCCGAAACCUCAUCAAUCAGAGUGAGACCCGGAGGGGACUGGUCGCUGCCUUCCGCAUGUGGAGUGAUGUAUCCCCGUUCACCUUCAGGGAGGUAGCCCCAGACCUGCCCAGUGAUCUGAAGAUAGGUUUCUAUGCCAUCAACCACACGGACUGUCUGCGCUCGCUGGUGCACAGAUGCUUCGACGGGACCACAGGGGAAUUGGCCCACGCCUUCUUCCCCCCCAAUGGGGAGAUCCACUUUGAUGACAGUGAAUACUGGAUUGUGGGCGAGACCCGCUUCAGCUGGAAGAAAGGCGUCUGGCUCACUGACCUGGUCCACAUUGCUGCCCAUGAGAUUGGCCAUGCCCUUGGGCUCAUGCACUCCCUGAACCCUAAUGCCUUGAUGCAUAUCAAUGCCACCCUGACAGGCAAAAAGACAAUCUCACAGGAUGAGAUGUGGGGCAUACACCGGCUCUAUGGCUGCCAGGAUAGGCUGUCCUUGUGCCCGUCCUGGGCACGGAGGGGCUUCUGUGACACGCGCCAGAAGUUCAUGAAGAAGCUCUGUCCUCACAGCUGCGAUUUCUGCUACGAGUUCCCUUUCCCCACUGUGGCGGCCACCCCACCGCCCCCUAGGACCAAAACCAAGCUGGUGGCUGAAGGCAAAAACGUCACCUUCCGCUGUGGCCAGAAGAUUGUUCACAAGAAAGGCAAAGUCUACUGGUACAAGGACCGGGAGCUCUUGGAGUACUCAUAUCCGGGUUAUCUGGACCUGAAUGAGGGCCACAUGAGCAUUAUCGUCAAUGCCAUCAAUGAAGGCACCUACACAUGCGUCGUCAAGAAGAGAGAUCGAAUCCUCACCACCUAUUCCUGGCGCAUCCGGGUGAAUUACUGACGGCGCAGGGACGAUGAGGAGGCUGGGGGGCAGGCUGACCUGCCCCCCCCACCUUGUGAAGGGCCUUGGGAUGGGGGGAGGGGGAGGCCUUUCAGCCCCAACCUGAGCCCCCACAGACCCUGGGCCAGGCUGUUAGGGUUGUCUUCUCUGCCCUCCGCAUCCUCUCCCGAUUUGGGGGGCCGAGAGUUUGGCAUGCAGCUGAUAAGCAUUUUACCUGUGUUCAGUUUUCUGCCUCCUCUUCCCAAGGCUGAGAUGGGGAGACCCCAGGCAGCCCCUGGGGCCCACGUCUGCUGGGCAGAUAUGGGAGUGUUCCAGGGCCGGCAGAGCUUGGCCAGUCAGGGCUAAGAUUGGCAAGAUGAGACAGCUGCAGAAGUCGAGUUCAACAGGGCUUGGUGAUAGGGAGUGGAGGGCAAUGGACGCAGGGGUCUGGGAGGACCACAAGGGCUGGAGGCUGGGCAUGGCUGGCGUGCCCAAGUACCCAAUGGCCACCUAUGGGCUUUGCCUCCUGCUGCUGCUGCUGCAGGCCAAAGCUGCAGGAGGAAGCUGCCCCUUAGGAAAGCCCUGAUCUGAUAUCUUAAGGGGGGGUCUGGGAGGUCUCCAUCUCCCUGCCCCCCAGCUCCUCCCCCAAGGCCACGAUUCAUCGGGUGGGGAGGUCAGCAGAGCUCCCCUGAACACAGGCCCUGGCUCCCUCCCACGUUUCCCAACGAGACAAGCUGGGCUGCUCCUCGGCCUUCCAGGGGAAAGCCUGGAAGCCACUCCCCCGGCUGUCAGGCCAGCAGAUGCAGUGCCACGUGGAAGCCCUGGCAGGCUGCUGCGGGUGGGGGACACGACCAAGGCCCUCCCGAGACUCCCUGUGCA